UCUGCUCUCACGCGAGGGGCGUCACAUAGGAACGCAACGACAUCCAGAAAAUCCAGUCAGGUCGAGACAGUCAGUCCACUCUCCGCUGGAUUCCAGCAGCAGUCUCAACAGACUCUUACAAAACAACGUCUUGCCGCUGACAAAAACAGGUGCAGUAAGUCAAGUAUUCUGUAGUGAAUCCAGUUUUGGAGUUGGGGACCAGUGUUGUUCAGGAUUCAGCAGUACCGGAAACAACAGGAAGCAAUCUGGACGGUGGGGAGGUGAAGAAGGACGAGGGCGCAGCCUUCAUCCUGAGACACAGAGUCUGCUCAAGCAAAGAUACUGACCUCACCCAAAAAUCCACCUCAGACAGCCAAGACACAAUGAGUCUCACCAAAGGUCACAGAUCAGGCUGCCCAACACAGAAUGGGUGCCUUACAAUGAGGAAAACAGUACAUGAAGAGAGAGAGGAGACAUCAGACAGAGGAGAGGAAGAAGAGGAGGAGAAAGAGAAGAGCUCUGAUGAAGGUCUUCUGCUACAAGCACACCAUGCCAUGGAGAGAAUGGAGGAGUUUGUUCACAAGAUGUGGGAAGGCAGAUGGCGUGUCAUUCCUCAUGACGUCCUUCCUGAUUGGCUGAAGGAUAACGACUUCCUAUUGCAUGGACACAGGCCGCCCAUGCCCUCCUUCAGAGCGUGUUUCAGGAGCAUCUUCAGGAUCCAUACGGAAACAGGCAACAUUUGGACCCAUCUUCUGGGUUGCCUGUUCUUUCUCUGUCUGGGCAUCGUGUACAUGUUCAGACCCAAUAUGACAUUUGUGGCACCGUUCCAGGAGAAGAUAGUCAUUGGCAUGUUUUUUUUGGGAGCCAUUCUCUGCCUGUCCUUCUCUUGGCUCUUCCACACGGUCUACUGCCACUCUGAGGGGGUGUCACGCGUCUUUUCAAAACUGGACUAUUCGGGCAUUGCAUUCCUGAUCAUGGGUAGUUUUGUGCCGUGGCUGUAUUACUCUUUCUACUGCUCUCCUCAGCCUUGUUUUAUCUACCUGAUCGUGGUGUGUGUACUGGGGAUCACCGCCAUCGUUGUCUCUCAGUGUGAUUUCUUUGCCACGCCGCAGUACCGCGGAGUCAGGGCCGGUGUGUUUGUGGGUCUGGGGCUCAGUGGAGUCGUCCCCACGCUGCAUUUCAUGAUCACAGAGGGCUUUCUGAGGGCCACCACCAUGGGUCAGAUGGGUUGGCUUUUCCUCAUGGCUGUCCUGUAUAUCACCGGAGCCUGCCUGUACGCUGCCCGGAUCCCAGAGAGAUUUUUUCCUGGCAAGUGCGAUAUCUGGUUUCACUCCCACCAGCUUUUCCACAUCUUAGUGGUGGCAGGGGCCUUCGUGCACUUUCACGGUGUGUCCAACCUGCAGGAGUUUCGUUACACGGUUGGAGGAGGCUGUGUGGAAGAGGGCGACGUGUGAGAUCCGUGUCCUGUGGUGUUGAAUCACACCACUAGAGGGAGAUGACGCUCCUCUCACUGUUGUUGUCGGCAACAGCUGUGUCCUUCCUACCCAUGAUGAGUACAUCUGUGAGGACCGCGCUUGACUGACAGAGUUACCCAACUUCAUUUUCCCUUUGCUUUUCUUUUGUUCUCUAUUUUCCCCCUUAAAUAAAAGGCAUUAUGGGAUAAUGUUGACACAGGUUCAGGAUGACAAUUUGUGUUUCCUAAGGUGAUACAUAUAGGAAUUGGAGACGGUUUGAUUUUGUUUUAUUGCUGUUUGUUUUUCUUGUUAUGAGACAGAACACACACACGCGGUCUUUAAAAUGAAAUUGGAAAAGUUUCUUGGGGUGGGCAGUUAGCCAUUUUAAAGUUUUUCAUGUAAAUAAGAUUUCUAAAUUUGGGUUAUAUAGAUUUGUACGAAAAGAAGUUAUAAAAUGUUUUUUUUUUUAAGUAAAUCAUUAUAUCAUUACUUUGUUUUACGGAGGCCGGCACAGUAGCAAAGAGUAUUACAGCCAGGUUUAAAAAGACCUACAUGUUGUGGACUGGGUUGAUUUUGUCAGACCUGGUUUCUGGAUACAGCAGAAAGACACGUCAGUUUGCUAUUGUCCGAAACCCAGCUGAACUCCCACCUGUAAAACACUGGAAAGCCAUACAACCGAUGGAGCCAGCUGGAGUCUGAACAGAAAUCGGGAGCAUUUGGAGGGCCUUCACAGGCCUUCAUGUUACACUCAUUCACUCACACACAUAAGGCUGGUUGUUAUUCGAUUUUUUUUUUUGUCUGUUCUUGUUUUCUUCAUCUAAAUAGAUGUGAUUCUGCCUGGUUUGGGAAAAAAUCGUUUAUGAAAGACUUGCUAUUUUAAAGUAGACAAAAUCAUAAUCUGACAGGUAAAGGAUGCAUUUGUUGUGUGACGUCCUGUGUGUCAUCAUCUGUAUGUGAUAUAAUUUAUUAAGGAGUUUUCUUAUAAACCUUUGGAAUGUGCUGUAAUAUUCCACAUUUAAACAAGGGCAAUGUUUAAGUUUUCUCUAAAGAGAUUUUUACAUGCAUUGGUAUUUAUUUUCAUUUUUAAAUGAAUAAAAAUCAUUUUAAAACUUU